AGCACUUCGUUGGCCUCCUUCUCCGUGUUACUCCGCUCGACGUUUCCUAUGAAAGGGAUCCGUUUGUUUUAGUGUAUUUUUGCGUCAAAGUCCUAAGUAUUUUCGAUUUUUCUUACGCGAAUCCAGGAUGAUUGAACAAAUGAAGAGGGCGGCGGACAUGGCGGUGGUUCCCGCCGCCGCGAAGCGGCCCCGGACGGAGCUGGUGGCGGCGGCUCAGUCUCAGCAACUCGUGGCCACGGGUCCGCCACGGAGCUCCAGCCUGCAGGCUCCCAUCAUGCUGAUGUCCGGCCACGAGGGCGAAGUGUACUGCUGCAAGUUUCACCCCAACGGUGCCACACUGGCUUCUUCGGGGUUUGACAGGCUCAUAUUGCUGUGGAACGUGUAUGGAGAUUGUGAGAAUUACGCCACUCUGAAGGGUCACAGUGGCGCGGUGAUGGAGCUGCACUACAACACAGACGGCAGCGUGUUGUUCUCCGCGAGCACAGACAAGACGGUGGGAGUGUGGGACAGUGAAACUGGGGAGCGGGUGAAGCGCCUGAAGGGCCACACCUCCUUCGUGAAUACCUGCUACCCGGCCCGCAGAGGCCCCCAGCUGGUCUGUACCGGCAGCGAUGAUGGCACGGUCAAGCUGUGGGACAUCCGUAAGAAAGGUGCGAUCCACACCUUCCAGAACACCUACCAGGUGCUGGCCGUGACGUUCAACGACACCAGCGAUCAGAUCCUGUCUGGAGGCAUCGACAACGACAUCAAGGUGUGGGACUUGAGGCAGAAUAAGCUGAUCUACAACAUGCACGGCCACGGCGACUCCGUCACCGGGCUCAGCCUGAGCUCCGAGGGAUCCUACCUCCUCUCAAACUCCAUGGACAACACAGUGCGGAUUUGGGAUGUGCGGCCGUUUGCCCCCAAGGAGAGGUGCGUGAAGAUUUUCCAGGGCAACGUUCACAACUUUGAAAAGAAUUUGCUGAGGUGCUCCUGGUCCACUGAUGGCAGUAAGAUAGCUGCAGGCUCAGCAGACAGAUUUGUGUACAUCUGGGACACCACAUCUCGUAGGAUCCUGUACAAGCUCCCGGGCCACGCAGGCUCCGUCAAUGAAGUGGCCUUCCACCCAGAGGAGCCCAUUGUGCUGUCCGGCUCCAGUGAUAAACGUCUGUACAUGGGAGAGAUUCAGUAGGAAGCCUGUGUAUGCUUGAUUGUGUGUGUGUGUGUGUGUGUGUGUGUAUACAUGUAUGAGAGAGUGAGAGUGUGUGUUUGUGUUUUGGUCUUGGAAGUUGAUGAGUGGUCUGUGACAGCGGGUCAGACUCUGAUUUCAUGUCCUUCCGAUUGUCAAGGCACAACCUCAGGAUCUGUGUUUCAAUUUCACAGCAAUCUCCACAAUGACUAGUAUUCGAUUUUUUUUUUUUUUUUAUUCAGAUGUACUUCUUUUUAAUAAACUUCUAAGUUGUG